CUGGUCGAUCAAGCAACAGUAACCAAAAAAUUUUCAAUUGCAGUAUAUUCGUCGAUAUGGGCUGCUUGGUCGGCAUGGUCAGUCUGUAUCAACAACGUCAGAGUUCGGGUUCGGGCCUGUAACACCGUCAGAGGAUUCUCAUGCCCUGGCAAAAAUAUGGAACAGACAGAAUGUAAUUCAACAGACGAACCGAAUGCGCAUGUUAAAGGAACUGAUUAUGAUGUAGUAGACCCUUGGGAAGAAGAUAGAAAAGAGGCAAUUAUGCAGCUAUAUCCCGACUAUGUUCAGCAAACAUCGAAGCAAACUAAACCACCCUUAAAAACCUUUGCAACAAGAAUUCCUACAUACGUAAAACCUUACAGCAGUUACUCUAGAGGUAAAUCAGAGGAAAUAGUUACAACGACCGAAAGUGGACACUUCGAAAGAACUGAUGAUUCUGAACAAGAGAGAAGUUCAGACGAAGGAUUGUUACGAAUACCAGAAUCACCUUUUACAAAUGUCAAUGAAGUACAGAAGGAAAAGCAAAAAAAACUUAUUGUCUUUCCGGUAGUCUCAAAAAAUAAUAUGGAACCUGAAUUGCCAACAACAACAGAGACAGCAACUGAGAGCGCUUAUGUAGUAAUAACCGAAAUUCCUAAAACAGUGAUGACCGAAACUGUUGAGACAGCGGUGGUUGAAGAUAAAGAAACUGUCACCGCUGCACCAUCUAAAAUGAGCGAAUUUGAAGUUACAGAGACAACAGAAGUUGAGCAUGAUGAAGCAGUAUCUACAACUACUGAAAUGACUGUGGAAGAUGCAGAAGCAGCACUUGAAAGUGUGCAGAGGUUGUUGUCUGAAGAAGCUGAUGCUGCUAUCAUAGAUAUUUCAGAAGAUUUAAAUGUUACAAGUCCAAUUCCUCCGACUCCUUUAACUUUUACAGAAACUAAAAUUAAUUUAAUAACAACAAAACCACUGAAAAUUGUUUCUGCCCAAAACACUGGAUCUUUAUCAAAUUCAGGUAAUAUUUAUUAUUCACCUUUUUAA